AUGUCUCUCUCAUUCCCACCUCGUCAACUCUAUUACAACGGUAAGGUCCAAGCCGCGACCUCCGGCAAGACCUUCCAGUCUAUCAAUCCCGCCACUGCAACUCCGUUGGCCGAUAUCCAGAUCGCCUCCAACGCGGACGUCGAUGCCGCCAUUACUGCUGCCGAUCGUGCAUUCCCCUCGUGGGCGCAGACCCCACUGAUCGCUCGCGCCCGAAUUCUUCACAAGGCCGCUGCCCUACUACGGGAACGGAACGACGAAAUUGCACGCGUUGAGACUUUGGACUCCGGCAAGGCCUUUACUGAGACUAGCACCGUCGACGUCACCACUGGCGCCGAUGUUUUGGAGUACUAUGCCAACUUCAUUGGUGGCGGCGGUCUCAACGGUGAGACUACUCACCUCCGCGAGGAUGCCUGGGUAUACACUAAGAAGUCCCCUCUGGGUGUGUGUGCCGGCAUUGGUGCUUGGAACUACCCCAUCCAGAUUGCCCUCUGGAAAUCCGCUGCUUGUCUAGCUGCCGGUAACACAAUGAUCUAUAAACCCAGUGAAUACACCCCUCUUCACGGUCAGACGCUCGCGGAAAUUUACACCGAGGCCGGCCUCCCCGACGGUGUCUUCAACGUGGUCAACGGUGCCGGUGAUGUCGGUGCCUACCUGACCGGCCACCCACUCAUCGCCAAGGUCUCCUUCACCGGCCAAGUGGCGACCGGUAUGAAGGUCGCAGGCGCCGCCUCGGGCAGCAUGAAAUACGUGACAAUGGAGCUGGGCGGGAAGAGCCCCCUGAUUGUCUGCCCGGACGCUGAGCUGGAGAAUGCCGUCAAUGGCGCCAUGAUGGCCAACUUCUACAGCACUGGUCAGGUCUGCACCAACGGCACCCGGGUCUUCGUCCCGCGCACCAUGAAGGCUGCUUUCGAGAAGAGCCUGCUUGAGAAGAUCCAAUAUGUGCGGCCUGGCCCGCUCUUUGACGAGCAGACCAACUACGGUCCCCUCAGCUCCAAACCCCACUACGACAAGGUUGUCGCAUACAUUCGCCACGGUAUUGAGUCUGACCGCGCGACCCUGCUCUGUGGUGGUGUCGAGAAGCCCUCGGUGCCCAAGGAGCUGCAGGCCGGUUACUGGGUCAAGCCGACCAUCUUCACCGACUGCACUGACUCCAUGAGCAUCGUCAAGGAGGAGAUCUUCGGUCCCGUUAUGUCCCUCCUAUACUAUGACACCGUCGAGGAGGCCGUGCGACGCGCCAAUGAUACUGAGCUCGGUCUCGCUGCCGGUGUCUUCACUAAGGAUUUGAACCAGGCUCACCGCAUCAUUGACCAGCUGCAGGCUGGUAUUACCUGGGUGAACACGUGGGGCGAGAGCCCUGCUGAAAUGGCCGUCGGUGGCUGGAAGAAGAGCGGUCUGGGCGUGGAGAAUGGUCGUCGCGGUAUUGAGGCUUGGCUGCAGAACAAGAGCACUCUGGUUGAUAUGAGCGGUGCCGUGGUCAGUGUCUUCGCCAAGCUAUAA